AUGGUCAGCUCCUCGACUAUAUUCUCCAACAACUACGAUAAGCCACCUAAACCCGAAUUGGUUUUCAAAUCGGAAGGUGGUGAAGAAAUGAUGCCAGAAAACAUUGAGAUGUUUGAAGAAGAAGACUUCACACCUCGACACGCCUCCAAAUGGUCCCGUUCUCGGAAACUUUUGUAUUUCUUCACCGCUCUCUUCUUCCUGACCGUAACCCUCGGGUUACUGUAUCAAAAACGUGUGGAACGACAGGAAUUCUUCACCAAUCUUCAAGAAUUCCAAGAAUUCAACGAAAAAUUUCAGAAAAUUCACAAAAAUUCGAUGGAAUUCAAGGAGAGAUUCUUUAAUUUCAGAGGGAAUUUGAAAAAGUUGGAAAUCUUGAGAUCGAGCAAUCCGGAUAUCGAUUUUUCCAUCAAUCAAUUUUCAGACAUGUCUGAAAAUGAGUUAAAAUCGAUUCUGUUGGAUAAGAAGCUUCUGGAACGCAAUUUUCAGAAUUCCACGCUGAAAUUUUUUGAUCUACCGAUGAAUGUGACGCGCCCGGAGCGUAUCGAUUGGCGGGAUUCUGGAAAAGUGAUGUCUGUGAAGAAUCAAGGUGCGUGUGGAUCGUGUUGGGCGUUCGCUACAGUAGCCGCCGUCGAGUCACAGUAUGCAAUUCGAAAAGGGACACUUUGGUCACUUUCUGAACAGGAAUUAGUGGAUUGUGAUGGAGAGAGCUAUGGGUGUGAAGGAGGAUUUCUGGAUAAAGCGUUGGGAUGGGUCUUGGGCAAUGGCUUGGAAACAGAAGACGACUAUCCAUAUGAGUGCACUCAACACGAUCAAUGCUAUAUAAAUGGCGGGAAGACACGUGUCACUGUCGACGAGGGAUGGUCAUUGGGAAGAGAUGAGGAUUCCAUUGCGGAUUGGGUAGCCAGUGUGGGUCCCGUGGCUUUUGCGAUGAGUGUGCCCAACUCGUUCACCGCCUACUCGAACGGAGUCUACAACCCAUCUGAACAUGAAUGCCGCGAUGAAUCUCUCGGAUAUCACGCGAUGACUUUAAUUGGUUACGGUACCGAAGGCAAUCAACCGUAUUGGAUCGUCAAGAAUUCGUGGGGAUCAAGUUGGGGAGAUCAAGGAUAUAUGCGACUCGCCAGGGGCAAUAAUGCGUGUGGAAUGAGGGAUUUUGUGGUGGCGCCGAAGAUUAAUUAA